UAUUUUGGCUCUCAACCACAGAACUUAUUAAACUUAACAAAUUUAUUUAGUCACGCAACAAUUAUCCACGUGCCGAUUACCGAACUACCGAAUUCCAAGUGACCGACGUAUUCUUAUUUCUUUUGAAUUUUCUUUUUUUAUUGUUUUCUUGACAAAAGUCGUUUGAACUUUUUACUUAUUGUUGUAAUAGCGUCAUGGACGACGAGUGCAUAAAUUAUAAUUGCAAAUCAAAACCUAAUAGAAAGCUGUUCGACGCGCCAAAGGAUGCGUGCAGUUAUUACACCGUUCAGUACAUGCCAAAUCGCAAGGUGUGUAAGCCCUGUUUACAGAAAAGUAUCCGAUAUUUUGACAGUGUCCGUAGGCGAUUUAGAAACCAAGAAUGUAUACUCGACGACGAACAUCCAAGAAAACGUAGAACUAUUAUUGAGUUGUCAGACUCUGAUGACGAUGAUGCCGGAAACAAUGCUACCAAGCCAUCAACAGAAGACCCCGACCCGCAAAUAGCUAAAUUGUCUACAACAGUGAUACGAAUCUUGAAGGAUACUGUGGAACCAUUACUCUCUAAACAAGACGAACUGUGCGAAAGCUAUUUGAUUUCUAAAAAAGCCAAACUGGAAGAAAGAAAUGAAUUAAUAAACAAUUUAAUGCGGGAGGCAGAUGAGGGAAUCUCAGAAAUAUACAAAGAAUUAUACAAGUUUGAUAGUCAAAGGAAGUUUAAAUUUGAUGAAGAGAUAAGUAUGGUAGAUGACUGUGCCCAAUGUGGAGUUUGGGAUAAUGAAGUAGCCAUUAUAACAACUAAACAGUUACCUGGAUUGCCAGAUGAUUUACCUGCAAGAGUCAAACUAAUAAGACCCUUAUUAAAACAGGGUGACAUAGUGUAUGGAAUGAAACAGUCACUACUGCAUCCGUGGGUUGAGGCGACUAUUAAAUUAGCAGUGAGUGAAACUAGUAGAUAUUUUAAUAUCAUAUUUGGCGAUGGACAAGAAACAGUUUUGAAUUAUAAACAUUUAGCGUACAUAAAUACUUCAAGGGACGCACAGUAUCCAGUAGGUAGUAGAGUGAUCGCCAAAUUCCAAGAUAUGAACAUUCAAUUGACGGAUAAAUUCUAUGUAGGAGUUAUAGCAGAACCACCAAAACACCUCAACAAUUUCAGGUACCUUAUAUUCUUUGAUGAUGGAUAUACACAGUAUGUAUACCAUAAGAAUAUUCGCCUUGUAUGUGGUCAGUCACGAAAUGUGAAGGACGAUGUACAUGAAAAUGUUCGUGAAUUCAUCCAUGUUUAUUUCCAAAAAUAUCCAGAACGACCUAUGGUGAAGUUUAAUAAAAAACAAAUAGUUUGCACAGAACUAAACAACAUAUGGGGUUCAGCCAAAGUGAAAAACCUAGAUGCAUCAUUAGUACAGUUAAAAUUCCUUGAUACCAAAAACGGACACACAGAGUGGAUGUAUCGUGGCUCAAAUAGGUUGGGCCCAAUAUUCAAUCAAUUAAGUAGUAACAAUCAAAAUAAGCCUGUACGUGGUUUGACUGAUGUUUAUAAGUUACUAAAUCGGCCAUAUAUUGAACUAGAAAACCUGACUGAAAAUGAUAAAACUAUUAAUAUUGCUGACAGUGACAACAUUCGAAACACUCAAGAAAAUAGUGGUGUAAUUAAAUCAAUUGAAAUACCGGCAAACUGUCCAAAACCUAAACCUUACAUUACCCAUCAAUGUUCUAAUUUGUGUAUAAUAUGGGUUCACUAUGACUACAGUCAAACAAAAUAUAUGAAUGUUUUAAGCAUUCCAUUACAUAAUGGAUUUAUGAGGUCUAUAAUAACAGAUAAAAAAAUUAAAUUAAAAAAAGUAAUAUAUACCACUCCUUGCGGGUGUAAUAUAGAUAAUGAAGACAGAAUGCAUAAGUACUUAAAAGUGACAGGGUGUGAUAUUAGCCAAAUGACUAUAGAUUUAUUUAAUUUUGAUUGUAUGGUGGAUCCGCUGUCUUUGUUUAGCGUACCAAAAGUGUUUAUUCGCAUACCCGACAUAUCAUACGAUAUGGAGCUUAAAACAAUAAGCGUUGUAAACAGUUUGAAUGCCUCGGUACCAAAACCCAUAAUGUAUAUAAAAAAUCGCAAAACUACCCCUGACAUUAAUUUGAAUACAGACUCAAAAUUUUUAUGUGGAUGCGAUUGUAUUGAUAAUUGCGAAGACAAAGAAAAAUGUUCCUGUUGGCAACUUACCAACGAGGGUCCAAAAAAUUAUCCCAAUUAUUUCAAAGACCAUGAUGACAUUGGCUACAGUUUCAAACGGCUACACGAACGAGUAAUCACUGGUAUUUAUGAAUGUAAUGCCAGUUGUAAAUGUAAUAAAACUUGUUUAAAUCGAGUUGUUCAAGAACCACUGAAGACAUCACUGCAAUUGUUUUUAACUGAAAAUAAAGGAUGGGGGGUGAGAACGCUUGCUGAUAUUCCCAAAGGAAGUUUUGUUUGUACAUAUCUUGGGGUGGUUCGCACAGACGAUGAUACCGAAAAUGAUUUAAAAAAUGAUUGUUUAAACUGGGGCCAGUUUAUGGCAGAAUUGGAUUUUAUCGAGACAGUUGAAGAGGCCAAAGAUGGAUAUGAAAGUUAUGUAGUCCAGCCUGAAGACGAAAGUGAACAUAAUACUAGUUCAUCUGAUUAUGAAGAGUUGUCUACUUCAUCAUCUGAUGAUGCAUCUGAUGAUCCUAAUUGGGCAAUGCGGAAUAAAAUGAAUAAAAUGUUUGUAUCUAAAAUGUCGUUAAGGAAUUUACAACAUACAAAUACAAAAAUUGAUGGUGAACAUGAACUUUCCAAGUUAAAUACUCAACAAAAAGAUCAAAAUGAAAGUAAAUCUUUGCGAAGGUUCCUAGAUAAAGACUGUGGCGCCUACACAUUAGAUUCUAAAAUCAGUGGAAACAUAGGUCGCUAUUUUAAUCAUUCCUGUGACCCUAAUAUAUUUAUUCAAAAUGUUUUUGUUGAUACACAUGACCUCAGAUUUCCAUGGGUGGCGUACUUUGCGCUAUCAAAUAUUCCAGCAGGAACCGAACUAGCAUGGGAUUAUAAUUAUACUGUAGGAUGCGUGAAAAAUAAAAAACUUCAGUGCUAUUGCGGGGCAAGAAAUUGCAGAGGUAGACUUUUGUAAC